UUAAUUUAUGAUAUUUAGCAGAUAUAUUUUGUGUUAGAUACGUGCAUAUUACUCUGUUACUUGAAAAAAAAAAUCAGACAUAGACACCUUUGUGUAUACAUAUUUACGUUUAAUAGGAAAAGCGUACAUAACUUCUUAUAUAAGUGGAUUCCCUACAUUUUCUUUUUCACCUGUGUACCCUGGUUAUUAAGCGAAACCAUAACAAUUUUUUAAUAUUUAUCUUUGAUACAAAUUCAAAGACAAUAUAUAUAUACAUAUACAUGUAUGUUCUUUUCAAGCAUAUGACAUGUUAAACUGGUUAUUUAUUCGUGUCUAAAAUACAUGAGUCAAUAAAUUAAUAUUGCCUAAAAUAGAAGAAUAUAAUGAAAAUACUUGUGACAGGCGGCGCAGGAUAUAUCGGUUCAACAUUAGUACCUAUGCUAUUAGAAAAAGGGCAUGAGGUAACGGUUUUGGAUACAUUAAGUUGGGGAGUCAAUUCAUUGAUGCACGUCGCAAAUGACACUAACCUGAUAAUAGUACAGGGUGACGUGAUCGAUCGAAAACUUGUUGCUGAAGUGAUGAUUGGUCAGGACGCAAUAAUUCAUCUUGCAGCAAUAGUUGGGUAUCCUGCUUGUGAUUCGAACCCAGAUUCUGCAUUAGCAACAAAUGUAUCUGGAACAAAAAAUAUCGCGGAUUUGAAAUCAAGUAAUCAAAUCUUGAUAUUCGCUAGUACAGGUUCUUGUUACGGUGCUGUUGACGGUAUUUGUACAGAAGACACACGCCUUCAACCACUGUCUUUGUAUGGAAAAAGUAAAGUAGAAGGAGAAGGGAUUGUUCGUUGUGUAGGAGGCAUCGUCCUUAGAUUCGCAACAUUGUUUGGCUUAUCACCAAGAAUGAGACUGGAUCUAUUGGUUAAUGAUCUGACGUUUAAAGCAUUAAAUUACAAACAUAUUAAAUUAUAUGAAGGUGGCUUCAGGAGGACAUUUCUUCAUGUCAAAGAUGCAGCGCGGGCAUUUAUUUUUGCACUUGAAAAUGCUAAGAUUAUGUCUGGGCAAGCUUAUAACAUCGGCGAUGAGAAACUUAAUAUGACAAAAUUACAAGUUGUGGAAGUGAUACAGGAUAUUUUACCAGACUGUGACGUUACAACUGUGUAUUCAGAAUCUGAUAAUGAUCAAAGGGAUUAUGAGGUUUCAUAUGUAAAGAUCUUUGAAUUAGGUUUUCAACAUACAAUAUCGAUUAAACAGGGAAUAAGAGAAAUGCUUAAAGUGUUUCCAUUUAUAUCUAUUCGGGAAAAAAUAAAGUAUUUUAACGUUUAAAUUAUCAAAAAUUAAUUUUCCGAUUUCACGUAUAUAUUGACCAAUAAGGUAAUAAAUCCUUAAGAUACAAGGGCUUUUAUUUAGUCUAGCUAAAUUUGGCAAAUAUCUAAAUCUGCAUUAGAAUAGAAAAAGUGGAGAAGCUAAUACAUAUAUGUAAUACAGUGCCAAGUCUGUAAAUUAGAAUAUAUAAGAGAGACUUCGAAUAUAGGAAACCGCGUAACUCUACACAACCAACACAUACGCUAUGUCAGAAGAGCUCUUUUUUUGUAAGCAGUCACAUAGACAACUGUACAGAUAUAAUACCAAAAUAUAGGAUUUCCGAUUUUUCAAAAAGUUCACAGAUAGUACAGUUAGCAGAAAGCAUAUGGAAUUGAACUUUAUAAGACAAUUAAAACUUAGACUGAACAGAGACGGUGAAAAUAACACAACAACAACAUAAAUUAAUAUUCAAACAAUUUAUGCUGCAUAUCAGAAUAUCAGAGACGACAACGUCACCUAAGUUCGACGAAAAUAUAGACGACGUCUUUCUAUUAGAAUGUUAAUAUCCUUCUGAUGAUUAUUUUGUUGAAACCGGUUGAAGAAUGAAUGAUAAGUUAUAAUUGUAACGUUAUAUAUAUAUUGCGGGGUAAAAAGAUUGAAAGAAAUGCAUUUUUUGAUAUUUACAUGGUUUAAUUCAGUUAAAUUACAAGUUAAAAAUCUCAACCGGUCUCACAUUAAUAUGGAUCUUCAGGAGAAUGUUAAUGACGUGGUCGUCAGGCAACCACGUUAUCAAUAAUGACGUAACUUAUGUAAAUGAUAAUAAUGUUUAACUGUGGUUUGUAUCAUUGAACAAUAUAUAAAAUAUGAAAUAAUGCAUAAAUUUCGUAAUUGUUGAUUCUGCAAAUAUUUAUAUAAGUAGUAAUAAUUAUUUUGCAUUCAGAGAUAGUUUAAAUAGAUUGAUGAAAUAUGUUUCUUUCAUCAUCCGAAUGGUAUUAUUAUUUUCUUUCGGCCUAUAAAGUGGGAAUAUUUUGAAUUUCGGUGCACAUUUUUUUUCACAGUUUGCUAUAUGUCUGCUUACUGGAAGUAUUGCCGGGUCUGCUUGUCUUAUGUGUUGAUUAUAUAGUGUUACACUAUUUCUUAGAUUGUUGGUUUCUCCUAUAUAAUCUUAUUUACAGCCAGAGCAGCGUAUUACGUAUAUCACAUUCCUAAGUUCGCAAGUUGCUGAAAAAUUUAUUUUGAAAAAUGUACCGCUUCUAAAUGUAUGUGUUCCCGUUUAGAAGAUGGGGGCAUAAUCCACCGUUUGCUCUGCCACAUUUCGUGAUUCCCUAUUAUUGUUUUCGUCAUCAAAUUUAGCGCGUGUUAAUAAUUUCUUAAGAUUAGCUGGUUGUCUUUUACUUAAGAAAUAAUAAAUAUGUUCCUAUAUUUUAUCAGUUAAUAAAAUAUGGGCAGCAGUUUGGAUGCGUAAUAAUUAAAUCACGAGUGCGUAGCAAGAGUGAUUUAAUUAUUCGCAUCCAAAGAACUGUCCAUGUUUUAUUAAUUGAUAAAAAUAUUGGAACAUAUUUAUCUUUUCGAUUCUAACAACGCAAAUAAUACACAUUUUACAAUACUACAUUUUCAGCGUAAUAAGUCAUUCGGGGCAUAUGCUGUUACAAUUUACCCCCUAUGGUCAGAAAGUGCUGCAUAGCCAAUGGAACGUAUAGAUAUUUGUCUUUUUUUUAUCAGAAGUUUGGGUAGUAUUUAUGAAUUAGUAACAACUAGCAAACUAAUUAUGAAGAAAAUCAUCAAAUUAGGCGAGUUGACCCUGUGUUACGAGUUACGAGCUUAACUUUAUAUGACGUCACAUCAUUAUGACGUCAUACUUUAUGUCAUACAUUUAUGACGUCACCGCUGAAUCAUAAUCAAGCUAAUUGAAUUCGCUUUUAGAGAUCAAAACGUGUUUUACGGUCCUACACAUAGGUCAGUCAUAUUUAUGUUUUUGAAAUACUGUUUUCAACCGUUUGGCCCUGAAAUAAUUCGUAUGUAACGGAACUGAAGUAGAAUCUCUUA